GCUGGGGCCUCCCUCCCUCAACUCUGGGUAGCCGCUUGCUUGCUGCACCUCUUCUGCAGCCUGGUUGACACCGGCUGCCACUUCAGCUUCAGCCUUCAUCGUGACCCCCACUAUUUUGGCUUCAGCCUCGGACCCAGCUCUGGCCCUCUCUCUACCCGGUUGCAUCCUCCCUCCUAGAUCCUGACUUGCGCCAGAUCCUGCUCCGAAUCCAGUAGCCGCAUCCCCAAACCAUGGCUGGUCCCUUCUCCCGUCUGCUGUCUGCCCGCCCGGCACUCAGGCUCCUGGCUUUAGCCGGAGCUGGAUCUCUCGCUGCUGCUGGGAUUCUGCUCCGCCCGGAAUCUGUACGAGCCGCCAGAGAACGGAGGAGAUUGUAUCCCCCGAGCGCUGAGUACCCAGACCUCCGAAAGCACAACAACUGCAUGGCCAGUCACCUGACCCCAGCAGUCUAUGCACGGCUCUGCGACAAGACCACACCCACUGGUUGGACACUAGAUCAGUGCAUCCAGACUGGCGUGGACAACCCCGGCCACCCCUUCAUCAAGACUGUGGGCAUGGUGGCUGGAGAUGAGGAAACCUAUGAGACAUUUGCUGAACUGUUUAACCCUGUGAUCCAAGAGCGACAUAAUGGAUAUGACCCUCAAACAAUGAAGCACACCACUGACCUUGAUGCCAGUAAAAUCCGUUCUGGCUACUUUGAUGAGAGGUAUGUAUUGUCCUCAAGAGUCAGAACUGGCCGGAGCAUCAGGGGACUCAGCCUCCCUCCAGCCUGCACUCGGGCAGAGCGGCGAGAGGUAGAGCGCGUUGUGGUGGAUGCACUGAGUGGCCUGAAGGGUGACCUGGCUGGACGAUACUACAGGCUCAGUGAGAUGACAGAGGCUGAACAGCAGCAGCUUAUUGAUGACCAUUUUCUGUUUGAUAAGCCAGUGUCUCCAUUGCUGACUGCAGCAGGAAUGGCUCGAGACUGGCCAGAUGCUAGAGGAAUCUGGCACAACAAUGAGAAGAGUUUCUUGAUCUGGGUGAAUGAGGAGGACCACACGCGAGUCAUCUCAAUGGAGAAAGGCGGCAACAUGAAGAAAGUGUUCGAAAGAUUCUGCCGGGGCCUCAAAGAGGUGGAGAAGCUGAUCCAGGAGCGAGGCUGGGAGUUCAUGUGGAAUGAGCGUUUGGGAUACAUCCUGACCUGUCCAUCUAACCUGGGCACUGGGCUUCGGGCUGGAGUGCAUAUCAAACUGCCCCUGCUAAGCAAAGAUAGCCGUUUCCCAAAGAUCCUGGAGAACUUAAGACUCCAAAAGCGUGGAACUGGAGGAGUGGACACUGCUGCCACAGGCAGUGUCUUUGACAUCUCUAAUCUGGAUCGGCUUGGCAAGUCCGAGGUGGAGCUGGUGCAGCUGGUCAUCGACGGCGUGAACUAUUUGAUUGACUGUGAACGGCGUCUGGAGAGAGGACAGGAUAUCCGAAUCCCUCCACCCCUUGUCCAUGGCAAACAUUAACUCUCCGUCCGCAGCAGAUGAGUCAAGAUCCCCAGGACGUCUGCAUAUUUAACAGUGGCCCGUUCUGCUUGCCCUGGACUUGCCCCUCACUCCCUGCCCGAGUAAAGACUCCACGUUAUGUUC